CACCUCCACACUUGGCUAUCAUCCUCGUCUCUCCUGGAGCAGAGGGAUCCACACGCACAGAUCCUCUCCCGGGCUCCUGGUACCAUGAUGUCCCUGAAGCUGCUGCUGCUGGUCAUGCUCCUCCUGGGGGCUUCUCUGCAGGUCACCCAUGCAGCUCGAGCAACCAACGUGGGCCGGGAGUGCUGCCUAGAGUACUUCAAAGGGGCCAUCCCUCUCAGAAGGCUGACAGGGUGGUAUAGGACCUCGGGGGAGUGUUCCAAAGACGCCAUCGUGUUUGUAACUAUCCAUGGCAAGUCCAUCUGUUCCGACCCCAAGAACCCCAGGGUGAAGAAGACAGUCAGAUAUUUGCAAAGCAUCAUGAACCCUGUGCCCCAGGAGUCCUGAUUUCUGCCUGGACCAUUUGCAGACUUCCUGCCUCAGUUCACAACCCCAACCCCAAGCUGCCUGAGUCCAGUGAAGACCCUACAAGGACAAAGAAGACCCCUGCCCUCUUUUCUGGUCUGGAACCAUGGCAUGAAAGAGCCCUGAUUAAAGUCUCUCUUUGCACCUUA